AUGGAUAUUCAUACUCAUCAAUCAAGUGAUAGUCCCAACAAAGAAAUCAAUAUGUUAGGAUUUGAAAAUAUUGAAAAAGAAGAAAGUGAUAGUUUAAGUGGUUACAGUGAUGAAGAAAAUCAUAAACGAAAACAACGACGUUAUAGAACAACAUUUACUUCAUUUCAAUUAGAAGAAUUAGAAAAAGCAUUUCAACGUACACAUUAUCCAGAUGUUUUUAUGAGAGAAGAAUUAGCUAUGCGUAUUGAUCUAACUGAAGCACGUGUUCAAGUAUGGUUUCAAAAUCGACGUGCUAAAUGGCGUAAACGUGAAAAACUGAAUCCACCAAUAACAUUAUCAACUACAUCAACACAUAUACAUCCAUUAUUUACACCUCCAACAAGUCUUCUUACUCGUCUUAGUUCAUUUUCUCAAGCAGAAAUUUUAUCAUCAUAUUCAUCACUUACAUCAUCAUUUCUUAAUGCAACUGCAGCAUGUUUACCUAUGUUUCCACCAAUAACACCAUUUUGGUCAUCAACAAAUCAAUUUGGAAUUACUUUUCUACAACACUUAGCACAAUUAGCUUCAAUAUCUUGUGAAAAUACAAAAGAUCAAAAUAUUGAUAAGAACAGUAAUAACAUAUUAGAAAAACAAAAUUCUGACAAAGAAGAAGAUCAUCGAAUAAGUAGUAAAACUACAUUACAUCUUAAUGCACUUGAAUAUACAAAUAAAGAAUCUGAAUUAUCAUCGUCUACUACUAGUUUUUAA